AUGCAACAGAUCUGGUGUAAAAAGGACUUAUUGGGGAAAGACACUUCCAUGGCUGAAGCUCAAGGUGAGUCACCAGUUGCAGGGGUCUGGUGGGACAGCANGGUNCUNCUCAUGAAACCUGGAGUUCCUGUAUCCCAUCUUGUGCUCACUCUGCAACAUGAAGCCACUAACCUUGCUGUAGGAGACAAGGUGGAGUUCCUCUGUGAGGCCCAGCAGGGAUCCCUUCCAAUCUUUUACUCAUUCUACAUUGAUGGAGAAAUCCUAAGGAAACCCCUGGCUCCCUCUGGCAGAGCUGCCUCCCUCCUCACCUCAGUAAAGGCAGAGUGGAGUGCCAAGAACUAUUCCUGUGAAGCUAAAAACAGCAUCUCCAGAGAAAUAAGUGAGCCCAAGAAGUUCCCCUUGGUUGUUUCAGGUACUACCUGGAUCAAGAGCAACACACUAACUAUCUGGCUACCUGCAAGCCUGCUUGGAGGGAUGGUCAUGGUGGCUGUGGUUCUAAUGUAUUUCUUCAAACCCUGUAAAAAGCAUGCCAGACCUGACACACCCAUCCCAGAAGACCCAGACAGUCCUCUCUAUGCAUCGGUGGAUAACAGAAGAUAUAGAUGA